AAAAAAGUGUACACGCAUCUUAACACCACUUCCAUUAGCUUUCAACAUCUAUAAACUUGCAUCUUUCUCCAUAUAAACAGGGGCCACUAAAAAACCGCCAUGUUAUCCCUAAACACCUCAUCCUCUACCUUCACUCAGCCUAGCACCCCAGUUUUGAUCGUUGGUGCUGGCCCUACAGGUAUUUUUGCAGGUCUUCUUCUAACCAAAAUGGGCAUUCCACAUCGCUUGAUCGAGCGUCAACACGAAGUCUCCAAGCUAUCCAAGUCUCUGGUGAUCCAUGCACGCACUCUUGAGAUCUUCCAUAUGCUUAGCCACGAUCACAGCCAUAAUCUUCCCAAGAUCGACCUCAUCAACAAAUUCAUGAACUCGGGCACAUUUUUGGCUGACUUCCAUUGCUACCUUGGUACCAAACUCUUCUCAACCAUCCCAAUGCUGAGAAACUCCGAGUCCCAUUUCACUGAAGCCCUCCUUAUUGAGCAAUCCAAGACUGUUACCAUUUUGACCGAAGAAUAUGAAAAACUUGGUGGACAAAUCGAACGUGGAUGGGAAUUAAUGGAUACUAGAGUAAUAGAAGAGGGAAAGGGGGAGGAAAGCUUUGGGGUAUCUAAUCCUCAGAAGGGGAAAACGUUUGUAGAAACCACAAUCCGACGUGUCAAAGCCGGCGUCAACAUUCGCUCGAAUGAGAGCAAAGUCUUGGGAGCCAUUGAACUAGAGGCUGACCUAAAGGAUAAAGAAUAUGAUUACGAAGUGGUCCGAUCUGAAUAUUUGAUUGCAUCCGAUGGGGGUAAAUCUACGGUCCGCCAUAAGCUGAACAUCGCUUUUCCAGGUCGGACCCUUGGCAAGAAUAUAAUCAUUUACGACGGGCAAGUAACAGCGAACAUUCCUGUGGACAAAAUUUUAAUCCUUAUUGGGGACAGCGGACGUACCGCAAUAUCAUUUCCUUUGGGUGAUAAUCGUAUCCGUCUGAUGCUUGACUGUGGUGACAUUGCCCCUGGCAAUGAUAAAAUCCAGGAGGCGGAAGAGCUCACAAUCCCUAAAUUCCAGAAGAUUCUGGACGAGGCCAUUUCCCCAGCCAAAAUGCAGAUCCUCGACUGUAAAUGGUUGACCUAUUACCGCGUCAAUGAGCGCCUUGCAGACCGAUACUCAGAUAAGGGACGGAUCUUCCUGUGUGGAGAUGCUGCUCACGUUCACUCGCCUGCUGGCGGUCAAGGAUUAAACAUGGGGCUUCAGGAUGCGUUUAACUUGACUUGGAAAAUGUCGCUUGUGCUCAAGGGCUCUGCUCCCGGAUCCAUCCUCGACACAUAUGAAGCUGAACAUUCCGAAGUCGCUCGAAAUAUCGUUAAGCUUUCGGCUGGUCUCUUUGGCGGCGUCAUAGCGGAAGGCUUUUGGCAGAAGCUGCUAAAGCGAUUUGCGCUCCUAACAGCGCCCUAUAUCCUGCCCCGUAUACCGCAAGGUCCACCUAUGUGCAUGCUUCGAAUUCGAUACCGCGAGAAUAAUAUCAAUAGGAGGUGUCCCACACAAUCAGCCCCGGCAGAGGAGUUCCAAGUCGGGGUUCGUGCUCGCGAUGGUGCCCUAUCGAUUAUUUGUACCGAAAAUCUCAGGGACGUCAAUGAACAACAGCAUCUGCGUCUACAUGAUCUCCUGAUCGGCCCAGGCAUUUUCCAUAUCCUUGUCUUCACAUCCGAUAUGCUGGCUAAGGACAUCGCUACUGACCUCAAAGAUAUCCGCACAACCGUUGCUUAUAAUCUUUCUAAAAACAUUGAGACCUCUCUUGCUACUUGGGGAGUCAACUGGGAACAGACACAGAACAACACGGGCGACGAUGCAAAGAAUAAGUACCGCAGAAAUAGCAAUACGGGCCAAUCCAAAAUGUUCAUGAUUCAUGUAAUCACCGCACCCAUUUCCCAACCCGAUUUCGAAACGCUCUCGGUCUUGACAAAUAAGUCUUUUGGAGCCGGUAAACUGUAUCUAGAUGAGGACGCCGCCCUACUACAUCGACGGUAUGGUAUCCCCACAAGAGGUGGACCAGGCUCCAUUGUAUUAUUACGCCCGGAUUCAUAUAUUGCUUACAGAGUCCAAGGCGUAAGUGAUUCCGCAUGGAUGGAUGUAGAUAAGUAUCUGAACUCAAUCUUGAUUCUCCCGUCUAAAAAUGUGGAAUUAAGGCUGUAAAGCAUACAUAUAAAAAAAAAAAAUACAAAAAGCAUAUUUUUUUGCCUAUAUCUUUUAAUGUCAAUGUACAUGGUGAGAAUACGACAGUUUACGAAAGAG